AUGGCAGAAACAUCUUUCGCCCAAUCAGUGUUGCAGGCCACCCCCAAUGAGGGACCAUGGGAGACAUACAAAAUCUCUCCCGCUUCCAGAACCGUUUAUCCCACCAAGGUAUACUCUACCGAAGGUGUGACCGAGGAUGCCGAAAAUCUUGUUGGAAACACAGAUACCGUGACAUAUCUCAAAGGCCAAGGGGCGGCCAUUACCUUGGACUUUGGUUUCAACACCUGCGGAUUCUUCUCUGUGGAAUUUGGUGAUGAUUCGGACGAGGGCCAGUCUGUUCACCUAGCUUUUGCCGAGUCAAACUAUUUCAUUGACAAGGAUAAUGCCGACAGAAGUAUGGACUUUAUCAUUGAGGACAAGACGAUCGAGGUUCCCGUUAGCAAGGGCGUUUAUGUUUGCCCCUUUGCUCAACAAAGAGGUGCUUUCAAGUAUAUGACCAUCUCCACCAGAAAGCCCGGAAAAGUUUCACUCAAAAAAGUCUCCACCAAAAUGAACAACAUGCCAUCUUUGGGUGACAACUUGAGAAACUAUAAGGGUUAUUUCUACUCGAGUGACGAUUUUGCUAACACCAUCUGGUACGCUGGAGCUUACACUGUCCAGCUGUCAAUCAUCCCAACCGAUACCGGCAGAAGAAUGGACAUUGUUUCUCCAGCUACCGGCUGGUCCAAUGACGUUCAGUGUGGAUUUGGUCCUGAAGUGCUUGUCGAUGGUGCCAGAAGAGAUAGAACCAUCUGGUCAGGUGACAGAGGUAUCUCUCAAUUGACUGAGUUCCUUUCUUUCAAUAGUGAAAGCAGUAUCGACUCCACCAACUGGAUUUUGGCUCACCAGACUCCAGAAGGUCGAUUCCCAUAUGCCUGUGAGCCAAUCAACAGAUACAACUCGGACACCUAUCAUUUGUGGACUUUAAAAUGUAUCCAUUCCACGGUUUAUUACAACAGUGGUUCACUGUCUUGGUUGAAGCGGGUCUGGCCUCGCUACACUCUUGCCAUUGAGAUGAUCUGGAAACAGGUUGAUGAGACUGGCACUCUUAAGAUUAAAGGUCCUCUUGAUUGGGGUCGUGAUGUCUUGGUUGGCCAUUCCACGCCCUGCAACUGUUUGCUUUACAUGGCUCUUGCUGAUGGCGCUGAAUUGGCUGUUCUUCUUGGCGACAAGGAACAUGCGGAAGAGUACGCGACAAAGGCUAAUAGCUUGAAGGAGGCAAUAAACUCUUAUUUGUGGGACGAAGAAGAGGGACUUUUUAUGGAUGAUGAUGUUUCCAAUAUUCACUCCCACGAUGGUAAUGCUCUAUCUCUUUUCUACAAAGUGGCCACAGAAGAGAAGCUCGAAAGAAUCUCUAAGAAUCUGACAAAGAGAUGGACAAAGUACGGAGCUCUAGCACCGGAAAUGCAACACGCGAUUUCUCCCUUUAUUGGGUCAUUGGAGUUGAUGUCUCAUACAUUGGUCGGUCAUCCAGAGAGAUCUUACGAGUUAUUUAGGACUAUGUGGGGCUACAUCUGGAAUGCGCCAUACGGAGUCAAAUCGUCUUUGAUCGAAGGGUAUAAUGGAGAUGGUACUUGUAAAUAUCCUUUCAUCGGAUACGAUCCAGCGUACAUCUCCCACUGUCAUCCUUGGGCCAGUGGUCCAACGAUCUGGCUGAGUAACCAGAUCGUUGGUGUCAACUUCUUGGGAAAUGAACACAAAGAGUGGUCGUUCGCCCCAGAGGGUGUCUUCGCUGAAAACUCUGUUGAGUUCGCCCAGACUGGAUUCGUCUCGAAGUCUUCAGGCUACAUUACUGCUGGUUGGAAGAAGCACACUUCCUCUCUAGUACAACUUGUAAUUAAGGCUCCUGUUGGUACUUCCGGCGUUAUAGGUGUUCCUGUUAAGUCCGACUCCAAAAUUUUUGAAAUCACCCUCGACGGCAAAACAGUUGCUGCGGGUAAAAUCUCAGAAAAUGGCAGGCAUUAUUUGGUAGAAAACAUCGAUUCUGGAGACCACGUUGUUAUAGCCAAGUAUGAUUAG